CAAAUAACAUCCAACCUUUACAAAUUCUCCGCGGGGGCCACACAACGCGCAUUUCUUCUGCAAUAUGAGAACCUGCUGCCUGACCGUCCUUUUGCUGCUGUGUUUCAGCCUUGGAACUAAAGCAGGAAGGUACGUCCGAGUCGCCACAGACACAUCCGGCGGGUACUGCGAAGGGGAUUUCGGUAAAAUCAAAGUAGGCGAGACAAGUUACAAUGACGAAAAGUGUCAAAAAAUCCUUUGUGGCAAAUCAAUGCAUAUAAUCCAAGGGUGUGGUUCCGCCACAGUAAAAGGUCUUUCCGAAAAUUGUCAGCUGGUUUCAAAUUCUGGCCACUAUCCUCACUGCUGCAUACAGUACGUGCAGUGCGACGCCAGCGACGACUCCAGUUAAGAAGCUUCAAGGGAACCGACGGCGAUUAUAACGACGAAAUAGAAAGACAAAUCAAAUCAUUUUUUUAAAAAUAAAGUUGCUUGGAAUUGUGGAAUAAAUUCAUAGUAAUGUUUA